AUGACGACUGGUCUCCAGUACUACCAUAAUGGAGCAUUCAAGACCUUCCCACUACCAAGUGGGAAUGGCACCUUCGUGCUCAGCAAUUACAACAACGACUUCACCUGGGUUGAUUCGGGUGCCGUAGUACCCGAUCAGCCUGAGGAGUUCACCACGCUCGACAACUCGUACUUCAAAGACAGCAACAGCCAGGCGAUCACCAUUGCCACCAGAGGAACGAUUCCGUACUUUGUCAACAAUAGCACAUUCGGCGGACUCGAUCUGCCGGGUAGUGGCAAGUACUUGCUGAACAUAGAGGACGAUGGUGAGCCUUCAUUCUCGACAUUCAGUAAGUCUACGAUCAGCACGGAAUUAGGUUUCGGCAACACGUCGAACAACUCACAUACAAACCUAUUCCUGCCAGAUCAGUCCGGGACGUACAUCUUGAAAGCAACGGACGCUGGUGCUUUUGGAAAUACCUACGAAUUCAGCGAAUUGAAUGCCGUAGGACUGUUCCACGAAGCUCUCGGGGUAGAGUCAACGAACCUGAGUAUUAUUGCUUACAAGGGCAAUAGUGCAUUCGGUGUGGAUGUGCCUGCGAUGAAUAGCUCCUCAGGCUACUUCGUCUUCAAGAACGAAAAAAAUACUGAACUACCCACGACGAGCAUCCUUAACUCCACAGUAAUCUACCAGGACAUCCUCGGUUGCACUAACACGGAACGCUGCCUUGUGUACAACGAUGGAUCGAGUGUGAGCAAGUUGACCGUGCCGACUACAGCAGGAUCAUACGUCUUGAACGUUAGUAGCAGUGGAGUAUCCUUUUCAACACCACCUGCCAAGUUCUCCAAGACGUUCACGUACUCUUGGUCUGGUAGUGGUCAUAGCGUCGUAUCCGAGACACUCGGAUCAGACAAUUCGAACUUGACGGAAGAUCUCACGUUAUCUUCGAACAGCAAGUACCUGGUCACGAUCGAUUUGAGUCUCAAGUGUGGUAACUACGAGCAGGCACUCGUAGGCUUUACAAGCACACCGACCUUGGCAAUCACUACGUUUCGAGCAACGUUGCUGAAGACAACACUUGACAACCCGACCCCAACAAUGAACGUCUCUGGCACAUCUAUAUUUUCACCGUUAAAAGAUGGUGGAUUACAACUCGUUGUGUCACGCAGUGGUGAUACAACCAUCUCGCACUUAUACUCGAACUUCCAAGUAACCAUCGUCGAACUUUAG